AUGGCGCAAUAUGGGUGCGAGCCAGUACCGAGAUAUCCGAACAAUCCAUUGGGGAUACCUUUCCUGCUCGAGUCAGCAAAAGCGUUGAAAGAACAUAGGUUCUUGCAGCUAAGGGCGGCACAAUUGGAGACCUAUGGCCGGACAUUCCAACACCAACAAUUUCCGGAGACGUCCAUGGCGAUCCUCACUGUUGAGCCUGAAAAUAUCAAAGCAAUACUGAGCACAAAGUUCGAGGACUGGAUCAUCCCCAAACAGCGCAGCCGAGUCUUCAAAAUCAUGCUUGGGUCCCAUUCCAUAUUCACAAUCAAUGGCCCCGAAUGGCAACACUCACGCGCAAUGCUUCGCCCCGCCUUUGUCAGGAAUCAGAUAUCAGAUUUGCAGUGCUUCGACAGGCAUAUCACUAAGCUGAUCAAGCGAAUGCCCAAGGACGGAAGUCGCUUCGACCUCCAGUCUCUAUUCGCAAUGCUUACGAUUGAUACUAUCUCUGAUUUCAUGUUUGGCCAGCCUACAGAUGUUCUUGGCGAAGCUCCGGCGAGCGAUGUGAGGCUUGGCGCCUCGUUCGAUACCGGUAUGCUGAAGGUCGCAAUGCGGCGCCGCUUGGGAUGGGUCACAGAGAUAUUCCCUGAUCCAGAGCUUGGCGAUCUCGCCCGCUUCGUGAGUGGUUACGUCGACGACUUUGUUGCAAAACGAAGGCGAACAGGUACCAUGACGUCCAAGGAGCAGUACCGUGAGUAUGUGUUUCUGGAUGAAUUGUUAAAGUCCGGCGAGCCCGACGAUGUAGUGCGAGAUCAUCUUAUCAGUAUCUUUUUCGCGGGUCGCGAUACGACUACUAGCGUUCUGACAUAUCUGUUCUACGAGCUGUCCCGUCGGCCAGAUGUCGUGUCCAAGAUACGCGAGGAGAUCAGUGAGCUUGAAGAUGACAACCCAGCGUGGGAACAGCUCAAGCAUCUCAAAUACCUCAAUUGGGCGGUCAAAGAAGCUCUCAGACUCCAUCCCCCAGUCCCUAGUAACUCAAGAGCAGCUGUGCGGGAUACAGUCCUGCCAAUUGGUGGCGGCCGCGAUGGAAAAUCUCCCGUGUUCGUGCCGAAAGAUACCCUUGUUUACUACCAAAUCUGGACUGUGCAUCGGCGGAAGGACAUAUAUGGAGAGGACGCAGAAGAGUUCCGCCCCGAACGCUGGGAGACGUUAAAGCCCGGACACGAGUACCUUCCCUUCAAUGGAGGCCCACGCAUCUGCAUUGGUCAGAAUUUCGCAUUGACACAGAUGGCCAUGGCCACCUUUCGUUUGCUGCAAUAUUUCAAGACUAUCGAAAGACAAGACGAUAGGCCAGCAGUACUCAAGGUGGGGAUUAAUGUUUCCCUACUUCAUGGCUGCUGGGUCAGCAUGACGCCGGCAUGA